GGACCAGGACAAGAACAAGGACAGGCACAAGCGCAAGCACAAGCACAAGCACAAGUGAGGGCGACAAUGUCCAACUCCAACUCCUCGCUCAACUUCAUCACCUUCAACCAAGACCACAGCUGCCUAGCCGUCGGCACAGCCAAAGGCUUCCGCAUAUAUCAUACCGACCCUUUCUCCAAGAUCUUCAGCAGCGACGAUGGCAGCGUCUCCAUCAUUGAGAUGCUCUUCAGCACCUCCCUGGUCGCCCUGAUCCUGUCCCCGAGGCACCUGAUAAUACAGAACACCAAGCGUGCCUCCGUUAUCUGCGAGCUCACUUUCCCCUCUGCCGUCCUCGCCGUUCGCCUCAACAGGAAGCGUUUGGCCGUUGUGCUCGAGGAUGAGAUUUACCUAUACGAUAUACAGAACAUGUCCCUACUUACGAGUAUACCCACCUCGCCGAACCCGAGCGCCAUCUGUGCCUUGUCGCCUUCCUCGGACAACUGCUACCUCGCCUACCCACUACCGAAACCGCGCGAGGACGGAGCAGGAGCAGGGGCAGGAGGGGUCGCGGGGGGAGGAGUAGCCGCAGCAGCAGCAGCCGACAGGCGACCGGCACAUGCGCCUCCAGCUUCCCUGUACACGCCUGUCACGUCGGGCGAUGUCCUGAUCUACGAUACCCUGACCUUGAAAGCGGUUAAUGUCAUAGAGGCGCACAAGUCGCCGCUGUCCUGCAUCGCCCUCAACCACGAGGGGACCCUCUUGGCAACGGCGAGCGAGACGGGCACCAUCAUACGCGUCUUCAGCGUCCCGAGGGGUCAGAAGCUGUUCCAGUUCCGUCGCGGCACCUAUCCCAGCACAAUCUCCAGCAUGUCCUUCAACGCCACGAGCUCGCUCCUGUGCGUCUCCUCGGCCACCGAUACCAUCCACAUCUUCCGUCUGCAGCAACCCGGACCGCCUUCCUCCACCGAACCCGCCGCCCGUGAUCGAGAUCGUGAUCGCCUGGCGAGAGGCAGGAGCUACGACAGCGGCAACGACUCCCCGAGCAGCAAUACCGGAUCCCCUCGCAGCGAUAUCGCGGAACUGGCCAACCCACCAGCCGUGAACAGGAGGCAGAGCGGCUCCUUUAGCAGCAUGUUGCGGCGGUCCUCGCAAAUAAUGGGCAGCCGUGUCGCCGGUGUCGUGGGCAAUUAUCUCCCCCAGACCUUCAACGAAAUGUGGGAGCCCCAACGGGACUUUGCCCACAUCAAGGUUCCGAGACCACCCCAGAAGCAGGGCGCGGGGAGGAGCGUCGUCGCCAUGUCCAGCAGUAGUCCCCUAGUCAUGGUCGUCACCUCUGACGGCGGAUUUUACGUCUUCAAUAUCGAUAUGGAGCAAGGUGGCGAGGGGUAUCUGGUCAAGCAGUUCUCGGUUCUCGACGUCGACGACAACAGGGAUACGACAAGCUAAGGACCGUGCGGCCCAGGCCGGUCGUCUGCAAUCUUUCGAGUUCCGUCGGCAGGUGACUGCCGACACACAUCGAGUGUGUUGCUUCAGAGAGCGACAGCUCGAGGCUGGUCUCGUCCGUUCAUACCUGUCUGCUUCUCGAUUACUAUAUGCAUUAGCGUUUGGCGCCACAGUCGGUCAUGUUUUAUUUCUGCCACGGAGACGGAGGCAUCAUUAUGGGUCACAUCGGGCUAUACCUUCAGCUGUUGAUGCUAAAUAGUCACAUCUACUUUAAUUCGUCAU